AUGCAGCCAGUCCUUGGAGGGAGGGCCAGCGGCAGGUUGUGCGGUGAUGGAAACCUGCGACCUGGCCACCCCCACCCGUUUCGCAGGGCAUGCGCUUCGGUAGAUGGCCCAUUGCGCCAUGGCCCGGGUGACGCGCCACCCUCAGUACUUGCCAGCGCCCCGCAGCGACCUUGCCUGCCUUCGUCUCUGUCCGCCCGGGCCAUUCACUCCCACCGCCAGAAAACCUGCCCCCCCAAUCCUCACGACCUCACCCCUUCCACCCAUGAGAAAAGCCCAUGCAGCCCCCCUCACCCGGGGCUGGCCAAAGUAGAUGCCGCCCACCAGCUCCCGAACGAUGAGCAGGUCCACCCCCUCCAGCACCUCCCGCUUCAGGGAGGAGGCGUCCGCCAGGUCUGGGAUGACCUUGGCGGGUCGCAGGUUCGCAAAGGCAUUCAGGCUGGACCGCAGGCGCAGCAGCCCCGUCUCGGGCUUGCUGGCGCUGGGUAG